AACUAAUAACAAUCGUUGUGCGAGAGAAGUUCUUUUUCGCGUGUACGUCGUGCAAGCUUGUGGUAUCCGACGUCCGCUUAUUCCCCGUACGUGUACCAAGCCAUGAUACCAGUGAUCCAGCGGACUCGGUGAAACGCUGCUGUCAAGAUAAGAGAUACACGCACAAUUGACCAGAAUGCCGUACUACAACAGCGGGCACAGUCCUUCCACGUACAAUAAAGAUGGAGGAUCGAGCGGACCGUCAAGCACAUCGGGCGGCCGAGUCAGUAGCUCCGAGCCGACGUACAUGAUGGAGCAUUUGGCCACAUUCACGGUCACGAAAGAAACCGGUAUUGUUUAUCCAGCGGACGGUAUGCGGCGACUUCUGCAGCUGGAGAAGAGUAACGGCAUCUGGAGCCAAAAGAUGCAGCUCCGUCUGGAACGGAACUGGGUCCUGAUCAUGGACAACGAGACAGGGGCCGUCAUGGAGCGAUUCCCAGCCUCGUUGAUACAGGAACCGACCGCAUUCACGUCGAGGGACCCUAUGGAGAUGUAUAACAACAUUCUCGUCUUCACAGUGGCGGAUGACAGCGGUUCCGGUCAGCGGGCAGAGAUGCAUAUAUUCCAGUGUCAGAGCGUAUCCGCCCAGGAUCUCGUCGAGGACUUGAAGAUGCUUCAAAUGGGUAAAUUGGUCCCCGGCGGAUCACCGAGGGGACCUAGGGGUCGUAUACCACCGCCUCCCACAUUGCCGCCACCGGAACCACCCUUGAAUGGGGUGAACGUCCGUGAACAAGUGUCCGCCUUUAACGCCAAUAAUGCGGAUGGUCAAAAUGACAUUUCCCGCGAGGAGAACAACGACGAGGUCUCCUCGACGUCCUCGGAGAAAUACGAGCGCGACGUGACGAUCCUGAACCAUUGUUUCGACGACAUAGAGAAAUUUAUUGCACGGCUUCAGCACGCCGCGGCUGCCUCUAAAGAGCUCGAGCGCCGCAGGCGCAACCGGAAGUCGAAGAAGAGGAAUCUGGGCGACGGUAUGCUGACGAUGAGGGCGAAGCCGCCGCCGGAGAUGGAGUUCAUCGAUAUAUUCCAGAAGUUCAAACUCUCGUUCAAUCUGCUAGCGAAACUCAAAGCGCACAUUCACGACCCGAACGCGCCCGAGUUGGUCCACUUCCUGUUUACUCCAUUGGCAUUGAUUGUAGAUGCCUCCCGCGAUACCAAUUACGAUCCGAAUCUGCCCAGCAAAGUGGUGUCGCCGUUGCUGACCAGAGAAGCAGUAAACCUAUUGAUUAACUGUGUGACUAGCAAGGAGACUGAGCUCUGGCACUCUCUUGGCGAGACCUGGACGAUACCGCGGGACCAAUGGAAAGGUCAUGUGUCUCCUUAUCACCCUAUUUUCAUGGAUGGUUGGUCCCCGGAGUACCCGAUUCCCGAGGACAGGGAUCACGAUCAUCUAGCGUCGUUGCUGAACGCGGACAAACAGAAAAGGGACGAGCUGCCCGAGCAACAGAACGAUCCUUAUUAUAAUCAUCGGGAAGUGGACGAGUCCCACUACAGCAGCGAUUACUUAGAGUACGAAAGCAGAGAAGAGCGCGGAGGUAACGAGUACUUCGAAAGGAAUUAUGGACCUGGUUCCGAAUUGUAUGCCAGAGAAGAAAGAGUAGUCGAUCAGACGAGGGCGCACAGCGAUAUAUCUGUCGACUCGAUCGAGAGAACCCCAAGGGGCGCCGGAAUGGACAGAGCGCAGGAGGCCUGGUUAGAUGACCUAAUGGCUAGACACGCGAAAAUUGUGCAGGUCACCUAUCCGCGAACGGCGAACAACGACAAAGAAUUGACGGUGGUCAGGGGCGAGUAUUUGGAGAUCCUCGAUGACAGCCGGAAGUGGUGGAAAGCGAGGAAUUCCAGGGGCCAGGUUGCGCACGUGCCCCACACCAUCGUCACGCCCCACAACCCCUCCCAUGCGCCCGACAACGACGUUUUCAACAAUCCUCUGUACACCAGUCGAUACCCCAGGCAGGGGCACGGCUAUAAUUACGAGGAUUCGGAAAUUGAGAGGACCAGUACUAGUCCUGGACCAGAAGCAACUCAUCGAACACAUGCAAUUCCACCGCCAGCGCCGGCUGAUUGGGUGAGGAAAGAGAGACUCGGGAAAAAAGAUGAGUCUACUGAAACGUCGCCCGCCUUGGACGAAAAGGUAUUGGUCACAAACGGCACCGACACCAGUGAUUUGCCAAUUGUCAGCAAACCUCAGAAACCAAAAUCGAAUGAGACAACGGAAAUAGUUGAAAUCCAUCCUCCACCGUCUAAUUGGACCGAAGAUAUUGGUCCUGUAAAGUUACACCCACCACCACCUCCUCCUCUACCACCCCUACAAUCUCAAACAUCCAUUUCUUCGACCAGCUCUAGUAGAACUGGAACUUCCAAGAGUAGAAAAUCAAUCGGCGGGUUGAGCAACCAAGAACAGAUGCAAGAGGAGCUGAAGUUUGUUUUAAGCAUAUUCCGUGAGAAGAGGCAAACUGAGAAUGACGUUAUUCGCCAAGAAGCUGUCUUGGACCAGUAUUCCAGUCCCAGUGAAGUGCUCAGCUGGCUGAACGCCAAAGGAUUUUCAGAAAAGACCUGUAAACAAUUAAAAGACACGACUGGUUCAGACCUCUUUGAUUUAACCAGACGACAAAUGGAACAAUAUUGCGGUUCAUCGGAAGGCAGUAGACUCUAUAGUCAGAUUACUCUAGUGAAAACUGAAUCUGAGAAAAAGAGCCCUAGAACGUCAGAAUUAAAGGAAAUAUUAGAAAAAGCUCGCCAUAGGGCGGAAGAGUAGUAGAUUUUUUUUAUUAAAAAAUACUCUAGAAAAAAUUAAAACAAGAGGCUUCGACGAAUACGUAUCUUCAUGAUAUAUAUAAUAUGUAAAAUGUAAUAUUACAUUUACUGUUAAGUGAUGUUAAUGUUAUCGAUCUCUUCCACAAAAUUCUGUGAUUUUAUAUUUUCGAAACAUCAGCAAUAUUACGCACACAAGUGUGUAUUUGUACUGGAAUGUUUGUUCCCACUGCCUGAAUAAUUCUUGUCACCAACAUAUGUACAACUUGUGAUUCGUUUGAUAAGAAUUCUUUAAAUGUUGUGUGUAUACUGAUAAUAUUAAAUGAGAUUCUAUUAUUCUUCUAGAAAUGUAUUAUUAUAAAGUGAUAAUUAGACUGUGGAUGUUUAUGUAAAUUUGUAUUGUUUCCAAAUUAAUUUACAAGAACAUAAGCUAGACAGGAAAUUGCAUUGUAUUACGAAUUACGUAAAAACGAAACUCAUAUAUAAAAUAAAAGUGAGAAAAAAAUAAAAUAAUAGUACCGUUUAAAAGACGAAUAGACCCAUGGGUGUUUAAUAUUGAUGUCAAGUUUUUAUUUCAAGCGAUCACAUACAUUGUAACAGACAUAAAUAGUUACUCUAGCUGUAUCACUUAUUAUAUCGAUAAACUAUACAUUUCAUUCGAAUACUCGACUUGAGGUCACACAAUGUGAACACAUUGAUAAUUAUAUUUUUAUAAAGGUAAAUCUGUUUGCCAAGCCCUCGCGUGUUCUGAAUCCUGAAUUCCCGUAGAAACAAUUUUACGUAAAAUAUGGAUUUUCAAUUGACGAACGGAUAUCUGUGAGUAUCCUCCUCGUUGGAAACGUCAAUUGUUACUAUUACUUUAACAAAGAAAAACGAUAGCGAUUAAGGAAUCAACGUAUUGUUAACUGUCUUAGAACUGCAUAAAUGAAGGCAACGGCGUUCUAAUAAAUGAAAUUAAACCGUUCCUCGAUUACUUACAAUUAGACAUCAAACAGUCUUAUGUAAUUAUUAAACUGCGGAUGUUUCACACAAAACGAUAGAAUUACAGACUAAUUUAUGGAAUUAAGAAUCAAAUGAAAAUUAACUUUUUCUAUUACUGAUCUUUUUAAAAAUAGAGUUCAUUGUAAACUUCAUUAACAUUUGAAGCACUUUUCUUUUAGACAGUUACGUAUAGCAAGAUGCAUAAAAUUCGCACUUUAAUAAUCAUGCAUUUCUUACGUAUUGGAUUGAUGCAUAUGAAAUGGUUUUUUAAAUGAAGUUACAAAGUUCAUAAUUACUUUGAGAAUGUUAUUAUAUAAGUAGAAACGCGUACCACUGUAGCAAUGAAAAAUUCCAAAACGUAGAAAUUAAUAAUCAAAGUGACAACCGAUAUUUAAAUUUGUUGUAUGCAUCAAUCGAAUAAUUAUCAGAAGACAAGGAUAAACCUCGAGAAACGGUGAAAACGAUUCAAUGAAAUAAUUGCGGCCUAGAUAUCUACUUACAUAGUAUUACAAUAAAGUUCGGAUUGGUGAAACAAUAUUAUCUUGGAUUAAUGAUAGUCAUUAUUAACAGUUCACUUUCACAGUAAUCCCUAUUAAUGUAUCUCACGUGUAGAAACUCUUAGAAACGUUCGCGUAAUUUCGAUAGAAAAGUCUAUUCAAAAAACCCCUUCGUACUCCAUUCUCUAAAUGCGAUAAAAAAAA